UUUAAUAGAGGCAAUUGGAGCAUGUGGAGAACGUAGGGUGAUGUUCACAGAAGACGAUGUUAAAUUUUACCUGGCAGAAUUAGCACUUGCUUUAGACCAUGUACAUAGUGGUGGAAUAAUAUACCGGGACCUAAAACCAGAAAACAUCCUUCUUGAUGAGGAAGGACAUAUCCAAUUAGCAGAUUUUGGCUUAAGUGAGGUGUCAAUUGAUCAUGAAAAAAAAGCCUUCUCUUUCUGUGCAACAGUGGAAUAUAUGGCGCCAGAAGUCAUUAAGAGCGGAGGCCUUACACGGAGCGCAGACUGGUGGUCUUUUGGUGUUGUAAUGUUUGAAAUGCUCACUGGUACUCUGCCUUUCCAAGGGAAAGACAGAAAAGAAACCAUGACACUGAUUCUCGAGGCCAAACUUGGAAUGCCCCAGUUCUUGAGCCCGGAAGCAGAGAGUCUUCUGCGAGUGCUCUUCAAAAGAAACCCGGCAAACAGAUUAGGAGCAGGCCUAGAUGGAGUUGAAGAAAUUAAGAGGCAUGCAUUCUUUUCCAAAAUAGAUUGGAAUAGAUUGUACAGGAGAGAAAUUGAUCCCCCUUUUAAACCUGCAACUGGCAGACCUGAAGAUACGUUUUAUUUUGACCCUGAGUUUACAGCAAAAACUCCAGAAGAUUUGCCUGGUCUCCCACCUAGUGCUAAUGCGCAUCAACUUGUUUGGGGAUUUAGUUCUGUAGCUAUUGCAUCAAAUGACGAAAGCCAGGCAGUGCAGACAGUUGGAGUGCAUUCCGUUGUCCAGCAGUUGCACAGGAACAGCAUUCAGUUUACUGAUAGAUACGAAGUGAAGGAAGAUAUCAGAGUUGGGUCUUACUCUGUCUAUAAGAGAUGUAUUCAUAAAGCUUUAAACACGGAAUAUGCUGUAAAGAUUAUAGACAAGAAAAGAGAUCCAACAGAGGAGAUUGAAAUCCUACUGCGCUAUGGCCACCAUCCAAAUAUUAUUACCCUAAAAGAUGUGCAUGAUGAUGGAAAAUACGCAUACAUAGUAACAGAACUUACGAAAGGAGGGCAACUGCUGGAUAAAAUUCAUAGACAAUUUUUUUUCUCGGAACGAGAAGCUAGUGCCGUUCUGUUCACAAUAACAAGAACGGUUGAGUACCUCCAUGCGCAAGGGGUUGUUCAUGGAGAGCUGAAGCCUAGCAAUAUUCUUUAUGUUGAUGAAUCUGGUAAUCCAGAAUCCAUUCGACUUUGUGAAUUUGGCCUUGCAAAACAACUACGAGUAGAAAAUGGUCUUCUGAGGAGUCCAUGUUACACAGCAAGUUUUGCUGCACCAGAGGUUUUACAGAGGCAAGGUUACGAUGCUGCAUGGGACAUAUGGAGCCUUGGUGUUCUACUUUAUACCAUGCUUGCUGGCUACCCUCCUUUUGUAACUGGUCCUGAUGAUACCCCAGAGGAGAUUUUGGCCCGAAUAGGUAGCGGGAAGUUGUCUCUCAGCGGUGGUUAUUGGAAUACCGUUUCAGAUACAGCUAAGGACCUUCUUUCAAAAAUGCUUCAUGUUAACCCACAUCAAAGACUGACUGCAGCCCAAGUCCUCAGUCACCCCUGGAUAGUUCACUGUGACCAGUUGCCUCAAUACCAGCUAAACAGGCAGGAUGCUCCCCAUGUAGUGAAGGGUGCAAGAGCAGCAGCUUACUCUGCUUUGAAUCGUAAUCAGUCACCAGUUUUGGAGCCAGUCGGCCAUUCUCCUCUUGACUAUGGAAAAGCAAACUAUUCGGACACUCCCACUGAUGGCAGUAACAACAGCGGGCAGGACAACAAGAACCUGGACAGCAAGGUGGUGGCUCAACUGAUAGUGGGAUUUGCAUGUAUGGUGAACUUAACUUCAAUAACAGCCUGUCUGCCCAGCCCUAAGCCUGUUGAGUCCCAGGACGGCUCCAUGUCCAGCAGCUGUGAAGAGAUGGCUCAGGACCACCUCUACUUUCUGCCAGUGCCGGGAGCACUGCAGAAUGUCUUGCCCAUUCCUGCAGCCAUCCUGACCGACGUCUGCAGCUCGUACGUGGUGUCCCUGUCACACAGCUGA